AUGAAUGCACGACAACACGAACUUCGUUUGGUGGGUUUUUUUUUCUUUAAAAUGCGGACACUUAGGGAUUUUGAGCGUUUUUUUCUAAUUUUUAAAAGUACUGGGAACAUUUUAAGUGGCCAUUAUAGGGUUUUGACGUUUAGUGGCCACCAUAGUGGUCGAAUUAGUGGCCACUUAAGGGUUAAAAAUUAGUGGCCACUUUAGGGAUCAAUGGAUCAUCCUAACUGGUCCAAUCUGUUUGUUUUAAAAUUAUCAGAGUUACUGGAAGGAAUACUGGAUGAAAAACUACUGAAGUGGCCACUAAGUAGAGAUCCCUAUACUGGCCACUUAAACGGAAAAUAGUGGCCUCUUUAGUGUUCUCUCCAAGUAGUCCUUUGCGAGUCUCUAUAGCGGCCACUAAAAAAUCCAGUUUUUUUGAAAUUGUAAGGUUUUUUUCAUAGUGAAAGAGUAGCUAUUAGUUUUAUUUUUUUGACUUUUUGAAUGAUUUUUAAACUUUUUUUCUAACAACAAUCAUUUUUCUGUACAGUUUAGGUCGCUUCAGUAAAGUUCAAAAAUUCCCUUUGUUUGAAAUUUUCCCCAGGAAGGGUCACUUUUGAAGCUUUUUUGGGUCAUUUUUUCCAAAUUUUGCUGUAUUUCAGCUUCAUCUCUUCAUAAGAACUAGAAAAAAUGGAUAAAUUCAGACAGUCGAACUGCGACAAGUCAACGAUGCAGUUUCUUGCAUCUUCCACUCAUUAUUGCUCCACAGAACUCUGGCCAAGGUUCAUUUUUUGUCUUUGCUGGGAACUUUUACUGUUUUCCAAUGUAUUCUGAGGGAAUAUUAUUAAAUUAUAGUGUUUAUUAUGCGUUAGGAAGCAAGGAAAUGGGGAAUUUCACGCUUGGAUAGCUUUUUGAGGGGCUGAUUUGAAGGAUUUCGGCUCAUUACCAGUUAUUUUGAGCCGGGAAUUGAUGAAAUUAAGGGUUUUCUGUAAGUUUUAGCGGUUUUGAAGACAUUUGGAGGCUUUAUAAGGAGAAAAAUCGAAAAAUUGCAUGGUUUAAGGGACUUUUAAGCACCUGAAUUGAAGGAUUUUCAAAAAUAAUAAGUAAAAGUUAUGAUUUUUAGCUUUUAUGUGGAAGUUUUCAGUUAUUUUGAGCCGUGGAUUGAUGAAAUUAGAGAUUUUCUGAUAGUUUUAGCGAUUUUGAAGACUUUUUUGGGAGAAAAAUUAGAAAAUUACAUGGUUUAAGGGACCUGUAAGCACUUGGUUUGAAGAAAAUCGAGGAUUUAUUUAAAAAUUAUAAGUAAAAAUUGCGAUUUUAUAGUUUUUUAUAUUGAAAAAAUGAGCUUCAAGUUGGAAAGCUCUUUUUUUUGGAAGCUCUUUUUUCACAAUUUUCCUUGAGAAAAUCACAAUUUCCUGAUAGAAAAUAUAUUCGCAACGCAAAAUUAGGUCUAUCGACUCUUCCCACGCUUUUAUUAGGUCGUUCCCACGUUUUUAUGGUUUUUGGUCCUUAUCGGAGUAAUUUUCGCGGAUUUUUCUUGGAAUUUUUCGAUUUAAUCGGUAAUUUUUGGAGUUAUUUUUCGGUUUUUAUUGGAAAAAAUUGCUAUUUUUUGAUCGAUUUCUUUCAAUUCUACCCGUUUCGUCAAGGGAAAUAGUCUAUUUUCAAUUUUUCUGCCCGAAAUUUAGCAAAAAUCGGCUCCUUUCUCACCUGGAAAUAGACUUUUUGAGGAAAAUCCAUGUUUUAUUCCAGGAAAACUACCAUUUUUAGUCAUUUUCAUUGAGAUUUAUGUACCCGAUUUGCGUAGUAACAUCAAGUCGUGGAAAGGAGGCUAAUUAUACUCCGGCUUUUGCCCCCUCCAUAUCGAUUUUCACCGCCCCCGGACCUUUUUUUCUGGCUUUUAAUGAUUGCGCCAGCUGUGUCGCUAAUGCAAUCACGGUCUCCUUGAUCCCAUUUGAUAAAAACGACUUUUUUUUUUCGAAGAGAAGAUUUUUGGCAUUUUUAACGUCAAAUUUGCCUACAAAAGGCUGUAAUUUUCAAUUUUUGAACCCUCCUGAGGAUCGCCAAAGUGCUCCCUAUAGUGUAAUCGUUAAGUGUCCACUCUAGGGACCACUUCACCAACCGCUAUAGGGACCACUUAGGCUCUAGGGGCUAAGGGUUACUCUAUACAGAGCAUCUUGACUUUUCCCCUAUAGGGACCACUUUUUUGGCCUCUUCAGGGGCUGUUUUCCCCCAUAACCCCUAUAGGGGUCACUCUAAGACCUGUCAAGAAAUUUCAAGUGUUUUUGAGCUCUCCAAAUUAACUUUUGAUUUUUUGUUUUUAGUUCCAAUUUUCCGAGUACUUGACUUCUAGUUUUUCCCGUGUUGAUUAACAAAUUUUUCCUCUUGGCGAGUUGGUGGCACCACUCGAAUUUCCAGUUCUCCAUUUCCAUUGAAAUUCAAGGCCGUAUUUGUCCAGAGAACGGGAAAAAUCAACACGCUGGCCCCCUGAGCCGAGAACACAUUUUCGAGUAGUUCUUCUGGGAAAUUAUUUAGUGAAGGUUUUUUUUUUGGAGGUUUUCGGGUUCUUAUCGAGGUUUAGGUCAGUUUUCGGGUGAAAAAUCGAAAAAUAAGUCUAAGGCGAUUUUUCGGAAGGCUUUUGCGCUCCAUUGGACUUUUUUGAAGCUCACUGAAAAUCGAGUCAUAUCAAAGCAAAAAAAAAACGAGUUUUGAAUUUUUUCGGCUAUUUCUUCGCGUUUUUUGCGCUCCAAUGAACUUCCAACGAAAUAUGAUACCAACUUUAUAUAAACUGAAUUUUUUUCUUCAAAAAAAUGUGAAUUUCCUUCUCCAAGCAUCCAGCAUUUACCAUCCUUCAAAGAACAACCUUUCAAACAUCCCAUUCCCACAUAAAACCAUUUUUCCCUCGCAAAAACCUUGAAAUUCGUCGCCCCUAAGUUGUCUGCUGAAAACAAGUUUUUUUCGAGGCAAAACUUUUCGGCGACUUUUUUUCCUCCUUUCCUACUUACGCAACACUAAUCGAGUAGAAGGCAAACGAAAACGAAGAAAGGGAAAAGCAAACUUUUGUUGCUUUGAGGUCAAAGAGUGGAAGUGGUUCUAGAAGUUAUCACGUAGAUCAGGAAAAAAAAAUAGGAUUUUAAUGAUUUUUAGUGGAAAAAUAUGACAAGAAUGAACUGACAGGUUUGAAAAAAGGUUAAAAUCAGUUCAGGAUAGCUACUACUUCAUUUUCCCGUUUCACUUUAGAACGGUGUAAAAAUCCAAGCUGUCACGCGACCGCAACGCGUCCCAAGCCAUUCCAAAUGCGACAAAAAGUCCAAUUUUCAUCCAUUUUUUCAGUUCAGUAUGUAAAGUAAAGAAGAAACCAAGAUUUUUGGAUUUUGAAUUUAAGUUUUAAAAAAAGUCGAGCCGUCACGCGACCGCAACGCGUCCUAAGCCAUUCCAGAUGCGAAAAAAAGUGAUUUUUUUGUUUUGGUUCAAUUUUUAGUACAACGCUAUAUGCAACAAAAAUGAAAAGCCCUAAAAUUAAGAUUUCUGAAAUUUAUUACGAAUUUUUUUUUCACUCUUUCUUCUUUGUACCUUGAUAAUUCCCUAUCAAUUCCAUAUUUGGCCAUGAAAAAAAAAAAAGAAAAAGAAGCAAAGAACAUCCAUAAAAAAACUUCACGUGCCAUCCAUCCACACAGCUGACAGACAGACGCCCUCCCAAAGUCACGAGUUUUUUUUCCCCUGCCCCUUUCCAUUUCAAUUCUUCCCCCCACCCUAGUAUUAUACUAUUCCGCGUCACACGCUUCAUUUCUUGGCGCCAGAAGAAGAAAAAAAGGGAAAAAAGUCAAAUUAUGGUGCCAUUCGGCAUUGUGUCGGGUCGAUCUAUGGGACAGGAAAAUUGGAUUUUUUGUGGGAGAAUGGGAAAAAAGGUCUUUGCAUGGGUCACAAUUUAAAAAAUUUCUCGAUUUUUGAACUUUUGGAAAAAUAGCCGCGAGAUGGCUCAAUUUUAAAAGUCUUCUCUGCUCCAUGGCUUCAACUUUUCACAAGGAUCACAAAUGGGAAAAUCGAAAAUCUUACUUCUCAACUUAUUGAGAAAAAAUAGCCGCCGAAAAGCUCGAGUUUAUGAACUUGUGCGCUCCACGGAUAAUUUGGAGUUUAUUUGUCGAGGAAACUUGUGAAAGUAUGAGUCCGACGACUUGAUUACCAUGAAAAAACGAAAGAGAAAAAAUAGCCGCCAAAAAGGUCAAUACUACCGACUUGUGCGCUCCAUGGAUAAUUUGGAAUUUAUUUGUCGAGGUUGUAAAAAUAUGAGUCCGACGGCUUAAUGACAAGGUAGACACAAUGAAGAAAAUAUAGCCACCCAAAAGGUGACUUUUUUGAGUUUUUGCGCUCUAUCGAACUACAGAAAUUAUUGAAUCACAUGGCUACGAAACAAGACGAAAAUUCUCCACUUUUUUUUUCGCUUUCGUGAUAAUUAGAUUAGAAUCAUCACGCCAAACUUGGUUAAUUUGAAAUGACGCUUUUCGCGCGGAAGCUCUCAAUUAGAAGGAGUAAAGAUCAACUUGAAGAUUGAAAAAUUUAAUUUUUGAUAGAGUUUUCAACUUUUGACCUGCCCCGAAAGUCGAAAAAUCGAGUAUUUUUAUGUAGUUUUUUUGAAAAUAGUAUAAUUUUUUCUUUUUCUUUUUGAACUAUCGAACUGAAACUUGAAAUUCCCGUUUCCAAUUCGAAAAGUACGACCGAAAAAAAAUAGUACAUACGGCGGACAGACCAGAAAAGGGCAAUUUUUGAAAAUUUUCGACCUUUCUUGAUGAAUUUCUGUCCUUUUUUCGAUAGGGAACUGUACAAUUUUCAAUUUUGAUUUAAAAAAUAAAAAAAAGAAAAUCUCAAGACUGUCGCCGUACAGUCUAGCGGCCCCACUUUAGUUUCUCUUCCCACCAAAAUCAAUAUUUAUUCGGUUGAAAUGCGGCUUUUCUCAUCCUCGUAAAAACUGUUUUAUUUGGUUUCCCGUCGCACCAAAAUGUCUGUUUUUUUUUCCUCCCGAGGGAAAUCGAAAGUUUUCAUAUACACAUUUUGCCUUCAGAGCUCAACGACAAAUGUAAAUAUUACAGAAAAAAGUGGUAGAGGGGGUCUAUUUACUUUUAGUGGCUGUUUUUAAGUGGUUCUUUUUGGAGUCAGAGGAAGGAUUUUCAAGGUUAGAUGGGUGUUGAGUUAUUGAAAUUGUGAGCAGAAACAAAAUCAUCAGGAAAAACUACACAAAAUUUGGGCCUAUUUUGAAAUUUUGGCGUAAAAUUGAAUGUUUCUGAGUCUGUAAACAGCGGUGUAUGCACACAAAACUACUUUUUACGCGCAAAUUCAAUUUUUCACAAUUAUUCUCGUUUUUCUUCGAUUUCUUUCAUCUAAAACGUUUUUUUUUUCACUAUUUAGGGAUAUAAUCUUAUUUUAUGAUCGAUUAGGCGAAAAUUGAUAGCUUUUGGAUAGGAAUUUAUACAACGUUAAGUAGAUGAUAAAUUAUAUUAAAAUUUCAUUUUUCAGUUCCAAUUUUCGACGGAAAACAACUACACCCUGGGCUCAUUGGGAUUGAAAGAAGUCGACUGCGAUCAUAUUGAUCUGACCUAUGUGAGUUUUCUUUUUUUAUCCAUAUUUUUUGCUGAAUUUUUAGAAUUUGUUAUGAAUUUGCUUAUCAACAAGUUAAAAAUAUCAAUCUCAACCUUAUUUGCCCGCAAACUUCAUCUCUGGAGCCUGAAUACCUCAAAAAAAAAAUGGCCUCGUGUCGAUUUUUCUGCACCUACCUUUGUUGAUUUCGAUUUUAGUGCACCAAAAUACUUGAACCGAAAUUUUUCCCAACCAAAAAAUAGCAAACAAAAGGACGGACGUUCUACUUUGUUCUCGUCGAAAAUUGACCUCGUGACAGGAAAGAAAAUAAUAUAAACAAAAAAAUAAUUUUUUUUUGGAGCCUAGUCUCGGGUUCAUUUUUGAUGUGUAUAUGUUGUUUGUGUGUGGGAGAUUAUUUUUUUUUGGGUGGGACGAUUUUUUUGGGAAUGUGUAGUAAAUAAUUGAGGUAAGGAGGGGAGUUAGAAGGAAGGUUAUAGGGUUUUUAAGGGGGAAUUUAAAAUUUCGUAAUGGAAAUUUUUAGAUUUUUCUUUUUGUAACAGAAAAAUCUGAGUCGAUUUCAAAAAUUUCUGUGAAUUUUAUAGAUUUUUAGCAGUUUCGGAGACGAAUUUACCGCAGAACUUUGAUUUCUCUCAUUUUUUUUAGCUUCAAACCUAAAAAUCGAGAUUUAUAAGCCACUUCCAUGAAAUUUCACAACGUAAAUUUGAUAUUUUGACCUUUCAUUCCUUUCCAAAAUGCUCGUAUUGGUGCCAGUUUAGCAAAUAUUAAUGAAAAUCUGGUUACCAUGGUUUUUUCACUCUUCUGAAAGGUCCAUAGGGUCCAAUGAAUUUUUAAAAUUUUUUCUCGCCUUGAAAUUCUUCGGAAGAAGCUGCAACAUCGAUUCUCUUCUCGCUGGGCAAAAAGAAAAGGACAUAAUUUCGGUUGCAAGCAGUUGAGAGGGCGAGAGAAACGAGAGUACCCCGAGAGAGAGAGCGCGUUGUCUGGAGCGGAGUGCGCCAGACACGACGACAGUUGACAGAGAACAAGGGUGGGCCGAUGGGUCAGCUGAUUCUGCUCCCCACCAAGGCUGUUUUUUUUUUCCGAGGACUUGGGGAUUUUCGAGAGGAUCAUCUGUUAGGCAUGAUUUUGGACUGAUUUUUGGUUGGUUCAGUGGAAAAAUUGCGGUUUUUUUUUUUGCGUCAAAACUGAAUUGGAUUGUAUUAGUUUUAAGCUUAAAGAAGGCGAAAAUCUCGGGAAUUCCAUAGUGGUCCCUAUAGGGGCUUAAAGCCUGACCCCUUAGCCCCUAAGUGAACCCUAUAGAGGCCUCUCGAUUUCAUUCAAAAAUCGAUUCUCUCGUGCAGAGUUCGUAAUAAUUAUCGGCUUGCAAGCUUUAGUGACCCCUAUAGGGGUUGGUAAAGUAGUCCAUAGUGGAGACCUCCCAAGGGCCCUAUAGGGACCACUUUUGCUAGCUUUAGUGGCCCCUAUAGGGGUUGGUAAAGUGGUCCAUAGUGGAGACCUCCCAAGGGCCCUAUAGGGACCACUUUUGCUAGCUUUAGUGGCCCCUAUAGGGGUUGGUAAAGUGGUCCAUCGGGCCCUAAGGUUGUCCCUAUAGGGACCACUUUGUAGCUCCUAAGAUUUUCUAGCUUAAAUUAGUACUAGAAAUGGAAAAUAUUCCCAUUUAAACUUCCAAAUUUGUUUCAAUGGGCUGGAUUUUGAGCUUCUUCAGUGGUUUCUGACCCCAAAAAGCCAGAAAGUUGCGGUUUUAAGUUUAAAAAAAUCAUUGAGAGCGGAUUUCGAGACAGUUUACUAUGUAUAUUUUUCUUCUUUUUGAUGCAGUGCAUCAUGAUUUCUGAGCUUUAAAGCGUAAUGAUGACUUUCCACAAAAGAAUGACUAUUUUUCCAACCUCGUGGUCGGUUUUGAGUUACGGAGAUGAUUUUUGGCGGUUUUUGAGCUCUGAAAUGGUCUUUUAAGUUGGCUGAGUUUAAUUAUACUGAAUUUUAUGUGAUUAUUAUAGUCAAAGGGUUGAAAAAAUCUUUUUUCUUCGUAAAAAUCCAUCUCAAAAGCCUCGAGUCGUCUUUCCCGACGGCUCGAUGUCAGUUUUUAGCGACACGGGAGGUCAACUGUCCCGCCAUUUCUCUUCCUCUUUCCGUGUGUAGCAUAAACCGUUGUAAUGUGAACGGGACGGCGGCACAAGAUCCUCAAAACGAUAACCAAAACAAUGCUUUUGAAGUUUGAAAGUGAACUUGCUUGACAAACAACUGAAGUUGAAAACAAUAACAAGUGGGCGAAAUUGAGCCUUUUUCGAUAUUCUAUGGGUAUUUUAGGCGCUUGAAGCUUGAAGUUUCAAUGAAGUAUGAUGGUUUGUGGGUAUUUUUAAGUCUUUUGAUUUUUAUGGCUCUUUUGAGAUGAUUGAAGCUUAAAAAUCGAUAGAAUAUGAUAAAUUGUGGGGAUAUUUUUUUAAGCUUAAAAAAGAUUUUUGAAAGAAAAAAAUUGAGCUUUUUUUCGAUAUUUUUAUGGGCUAUUUUUGAUGCACUUGAAGCUUAAAAAUCCGAUAAAAUAUGAUGACUUUUAAGUAUUUUCCAGCCUAAUAGAGAGUCUGAAGCGAUUUUAGAGUAUUUUAUUUCAAAAAAUCGGUUUUCAUUAAGAAAUUUUGACUAGAAAAUGUUUUGAAAACGAAAAAAAUGAGCCGAUAUUAAAUUUUCCACGACUUGCUUAUUUUUAGCCCGAACAUGUGUUUGAAGCGAUCCUUGGAGUACACAACGAGGGUCAUAAAUUUUUCUGGGAAAGCCUAUUUUUCAUGGGUUUCGAUGGAUUGAGGGGUCUAGACAGAACCGAAAGUUGGAAAAUCAUGAAAAAAAAACGGUUCAUGACCCGUUUUUUUCGAUUUUGGUUCAAUUUUGAACGGAAAAACUGCCUGACAGUUCGAAUUUGGCGCCAAAUUUGAAAAAAGACAGUGAAAGGGACUGUUUUUCCUGUCAGAAAGCAGCGAUCGUCAUUUAAAGAUCCGUCGCCUGAGAUAACCUUUGAGAACUCGUUGCGUGUCGGCGUUAAGAGAUGCAAAUCUCGAGAUGGCGUCAUUUGGAGGGGCUUUCGGUUUCGGUUGGAUAAGAAAUUUGAUGUCUAGGGCCAGGAUGAGCUAUAAAAAGGGGAAAAUUCGUAAAUUUUCAGCUGAUUAGGCUCAAAACAGUUAGAAGAACUUCAUUUUUUGGUUCGGAUUGAAACAAGCUUCCAGAGGGGCCCUUUUAGGGGUUAGGGAGGACAAAAACCUCUAUAGGGGUCCCUACAAGGGUUAGCGGGGAAAAAAGUCCCUAUAGGGGCCGAAAAAGUGGUCCUUAUAGGGCUAAAAUCAAAGAGGGGCUUAGAUCCUAUCCCCUUAGCCCCUAAAGCUCAAGUUGACCCUAUAGGGGUCUCACAAUUUCAUUCAAAACGCUCAUUUAUUUAGUUUUUACCAUUGAAAUGCUUCUUCGCAUAGAAUCAUCGACUAGCAUGUCCCCUAAAGGGGCUACUAACUAGGAUUGGUAAAGUGGUCGCUAAAGUGGAACCUUCAAGGUUCCUCAAGGCCCCUGUAGGGACCACUCUGGAGCUCAGAAGUUGAUCGAUCAAAUCUCACCAUGAAAAGGUCCCAAUCGUCGCCUUUUUCCGGUUCAAUCCAAAGCCAGCUGGAAAUGUAACCCAAAACACUCGUUUCGCGAUCCAAUUCGAGUAAAUUGAUUUGCGGAUCCGGAUUUACACAUGGCGGCGACAAACAAAAUGGUGUGCGUGUGCGCGGCGGACGGUGGCCGUGAUGUUGUUAUUGGCCCACCUGCUCUUUUUCUGUCUUCUUCUUCAUCUUCUCCUCACCUCCGCUCACCGGGUCGGUGUCAUUUGCACAGUCGAGACGAGUCGCAAAGAUAGGAGGGACAUGGAUUUUCGAAGGUCUAGAGCAGGAGCAAUAGACGUGCUCCGGACGUUUCUGGGCAUUACUAGUGACCACUUUAGUGGCGUCAGUUUCCUUGAGUGAUCCCUAGAAUUGCACAGAAACGUCCGAGAAGAAACGGCUUUGAUAUUUCAAUUUUUGAGGAGUGAUCGCGCUCUGUUGAUAAUAUAGGAUUGAUUGGACUUUGAACUUGAACUGAGGCUUUUUUUGGCCUUUUUGAAGCGGCUUCUGCUCACAAGAAAGGUCCGUUUUGCGUUACGAUUGUCCGAGAAGAAACGCCUUUGAUCAUUUAAUCAAGGCGGUUUUUGAGGAGUGAUCGCGCUCUGUUGAUAAUAUAGGAUUGAUUGGACUUUGAACUCAAACUGAGGCUUUUUUUUAGCCUUUUUUUGAAGCUGCAGGCUUCUUCCAAAAUGAAACGUCCGAGAAGAAACGGCUUUGAUCAUUUAAUUAAGGCUAUUUUUUUGGGCAGUGAUCGCGCUCUGUUGAUAAUAUGGGAUUGGUUGGACUUUGAACUUUGACUGAGGCUUUUUUUGGCCUUUUUGAAGCUGCAGGCUUCUUCCAACAAGAAACGUCCGAGAAAAAUCGCCUUUGAUAUUUCAAUCGAGGCUGUUUUUGAGGAGUGAUCGCGCUCUGUUGAUAAUAUAGGAUUGAUUGGACUUUGAACUCAAACUGAGGCUUUUUUCGGCCUUUUUGAAGCUGCAGGCUUCUUCCAACAAGAAACGUCCGAGGAAAAUCGCCUUUGAUAUUUCAAUCAAGGCUGUUUUUGAGGAGGGAUCGCGCUCUGUUGAUAAUAUGAGAUCCAUGGGACUUUAAACUUAAAGUGAGCCUUUUUUUAGCCUUUUUGAAGCUGCAGGCUUCUUCCAAAAUGAAACGUCCGAGAAGAAACGGCUUUGAUCAUUUAAUUAAGGCUAUUUUUGGGCAGUGAUCGCGCUCUGUUGAUAAUAUGGGAUUGGUUGGACUUUGAACUUUGACUGAGGCUUUUUUUGGCCUUUUUGAAGCUGCAGGCUUCUUCCAACAAGAAACGUCCGAGAAAAAUCGCCUUUGAUAUUUCAAUCGAGGCUGUUUUUGAGGAGUGAUCGCGCUCUGUUGAUAAUAUAGGAUUGAUUGGACUUUGAACUCAAACUGAGGCUUUUUUCGGCCUUUUUGAAGCUGCAGGCUUCUUCCAACAAGAAACGUCCGAGGAAAAAUCGCCUUUGAUAUUUCAAUCAAGGCUGUUUUUUGAGGAGGGAUCGCGCUCUGUUGAUAAUAUGAGAUCCAUGGGACUUUAAACUUAAAGUGAGCCUUUUUAGCCUUUUUGAAGCUGCAGGCUUCUUCCAAAAUGAAACGUCCGAGAAGAAACGGCUUUGAUCAUUUAAUUAAGGCUAUUUUUUUGGGCAGUGAUCGCGCUCUGUUGAUAAUAUGGGAUUGGUUGGACUUUGAACUUUGACUGAGGCUUUUUGGCCUUUUUGAAGCUGCAGGCUUCUUCCAACAAGAAACGUCCGAGAAAAAAAUCGCCUUUGAUAUUUCAAUCGAGGCUGUUUUUUUGAGGAGUGAUCGCGCUCUGUUGAUAAUAUAGGAUUGAUUGGACUUUGAACUUGAACUGAGACAUUUUUUGGCCUUUUUGAAGCUGCAGGCUUCUUCCAACAAGAAACGUCCGAGGAAAAUCGCCUUUGAUAUUUCAAUCAAGGCUGUUUUUGAGGAGGGAUCGCGCUCUGUUGAUAAUAUGAGAUCCAUGGGACUUUAAACUUAAAGAGAGCCUUUUUUUAGCCUUUUUGAAGCUGCAGGCUUCUUCCAAAAUGAAACGUCCGAGAAGAAACGGCUUUGAUCAUUUAAUUAAGGCUAUUUUUGGGCAGUGAUCGCGCUCUGUUGAUAAUAUGGGAUUGGUUGGACUUUGAACUUUGACUGAGGCUUUUUUUGGCCUUUUUGAAGCUGCAGGCUUCUUCCAACAAGAAACGUCCGAGAAAAAUCGCCUUUGAUAUUUCAAUCGAGGCUGUUUUUGAGGAGGGAUCGCGCUCUGUUGAUAAUAUGAGAUCCAUGGGACUUUAAACUUAAAGUGAGCCUUUUUUUAGCCUUUUUGAAGCUGCAGGCUUCUUCCAAAAUGAAACGUCCGAGAAGAAACGGCUUUGAUCAUUUAAUUAAGGCUAUUUUUGGGCAGUGAUCGCGCUCUGUUGAUAAUAUGGGAUUGGUUGGACUUUGAACUUUGACUGAGGCUUUUUUUGGCCUUUUUGAAGCUGCAGGCUUCUUCCAACAAGAAACGUCCGAGAAAAAUCGCCUUUGAUAUUUCAAUCGAGGCUGUUUUUGAGGAGUGAUCGCGCUCUGUUGAUAAUAUAGGAUUGAUUGGACUUUGAACUUGAACUGAGACAUUUUUUGGCCUUUUUGAAGCUGCAGGCUUCUUCCAACAAGAAACGUCCGAGGAAAAUCGCCUUUGAUAUUUCAAUCAAGGCUGUUUUUGAGGAGGGAUCGCGCUCUGUUGAUAAUAUGAGAUCCAUGGGACUUUAAACUUAAAGUGAGCCUUUUUUUAGCCUUUUUGAAGCUGCAGGCUUCUUCCAAAAUGAAACGUCCGAGAAGAAACGGCUUUGAUCAUUUAAUUAAGGCUAUUUUUGGGCAGUGAUCGCGCUCUGUUGAUAAUAUGGGAUUGGUUGGACUUUGAACUUUGACUGAGGCUUUUUUUGGCCUUUUUGAAGCUGCAGGCUUCUUCCAACAAGAAACGUCCGAGAAAAAUCGCCUUUGAUAUUUCAAUCGAGGCUGUUUUUGAGGAGUGAUCGCGCUCUGUUGAUAAUAUAGGAUUGAUUGGACUUUGAACUUGAACUGAGGCAUUUUUGGCCUUUUUGAAGCUGCAGCUUCUGCUCAACAAGAAAAGUCCGUUUUGCGUUACGAUUGUCGGAAGAAACGCCUUUGAUCAUUUCAAUCAAGGCUGUUUUUGAGGAGUGAUCGCGCUCUGUUGAUAAUAUAGGAUUGAUUGGACUUUGAACUCAAACUGAGGCUUUUUUUUAGCCUUUUUGAAGCUGCAGGCUUCUUCCAACAAGAAAUUUGCUCUCGAUCCGGUAGACCAGGGAAAAAUCGUUAGAGCUCAAUUUAAAGCCCCAAAUCGCAAUGUCUGCCCCAUCAACCAGACCAAUAGCCUCAAUUCAUUGCUGAGAGGUCCAUUCUCUAGUCUCUACACUGAUAAUUAAUGGUUUCCUUCGAACGACGCACAAAGACGGCCACGUGAACCUCGCGUGUCACCCUGCAACACUACCCUUUUUAUGUCUUUUUUUCGCCGCCCAACUACGCAAUUUACAGCGUGCGAAAUCGCAGUAAAAUCAACGGGGUCACACAAAAAUAAACUGCACAAAUUAACCUGGAAAAAGGCGAACAGUUGUUGGCGCCAAUGAUUGAUUAAGUCUAGAAGAUUGGGAACGGAGAAAAACUUGGAAGAUUGAUGGUUUAAAGACUAACUAGUUGAUGGGCCAUUGGAACAGAACUUAACAAAAUCAUAAUUAGCCAUAGAGCGCAUUUGAGGCAAGCUGAACAGCUCGAAGGAGAGUUUCAGUAAGAAAUUUGCCACAAAGCGGAUAUUAUAACAAAAAUCAGAAGGUGGCUAGCUUGAGGUAGAAGGCUGAAAAUUCGGCGAAAGUUUGCUCCAAGGGCAAAAUCGUGAAUUUUCAGAAAAUAGCUUGAAUUUUAUUCGUUAAUGCGCUCCAUUGAUAAACAUGAAGCUUCAGAUGGUUUUUGCAUACAAGAGUCAAUAGUUUUCUGACCUCUAUGAAAAACAUGUUAAAAAUGUCUAGCUUGAGAUGGAAGGCUGAAAAUUCGGCGAAAGUUUGCUCCAAGGGCAAAAUCGUGAGUUUUUGUAGAGAAAGGCUUAAAUUACUUCAGUAAAUGCGCUCUAUUGAUAAAUUUGAAGCUUUAGAUGUUUUUUGCAUACAGGAGUCAAUAGUUUUCCAACCUCUUUAAAAAAACAGGUAAAAAAUGGCAAGCUUGAGAUAGAAGGCUAAAAAUGUGGCGAAAGUUUGCUCCAAGGGAAAAAUCUUGAAUUUUCAUCAAGAAAGGCUUAAAUUACGUCUGUAAAUGCGCUCCAUGGUUAAUUAUGAACUCUCAGUAGUUCACCGCGAUCCUCAAUAGUUUUCUGACCUCUAUAUACAGUAACCAAAACGGUGACAAAGGUACAAAUAAAGGUGCCCCCCGCAAACUCGCGAGCAUAGCCACUUGACUGACGCUCUUGAGUGUUUUUGUCUCUUUCCUGGGUUCCUAUCUUCUUUGGUUGAACUUGUAGGAUCCGACUUUUGGUUUUUGAAGAGAGUUGUGGGCUUUAAAAAAUAUAUAACUCGAAGAAAAGGGUCAAAAAUUUCGAUGACCUUCAAAAAAGGCCAUUUUUCAAGGCUCAGACUGACUUGAUGUUGAAUUUUGCUAUAUAAAAAUCGACAAAAACCUCUUUUCCGCUCAGUAUCAACUCAGGUGACAAUUUCUAAUGAACCUAAUUUGCAGGUACGCGUCAAUUCGGAAGAGCUCGCGAUGCGACUCGACGAAGACGUCCGACAGUUCCGGUCGGAGGUCGAGGAGGCCUCGUCGAGUGGAAGUGCGCCCCGUCGCACUCCGUCCUGCGGAAGCCCUUCUGAUAGUGCUGGUGAAUAUUCAAUGUUUCUUGGGGGCUGCAAUUAGAGAAAUCAGUGAUUCUUGGGGGCUGCAAAUGGAAAAUCUUAGGAGCUGCAAAUAUAAAAAUCAGUGUUUUGGGGGCUGCAAAUGAAAAAACAGUUUCUUGGGGGCUGCAAAUAUAAAAAUCAGUGUUUCUUGGGGGCUGCAAGUUAAAAAAUCAGCAUUACUUGGGGCUGCAAAUUAGAAAAUCAGUGUUUUUUGAGAGCUGCAAAUAAAAAAAUUAGUGUUUCUUGGGGGCUGCAAAUUGAAAAAUCAGCAUUACUUGGGGGCUGCAAAUUAGAAAACCAGCAUUAUUUGGGGGCUGCAUAUUAGAAAAUCAGCGAUUUUUGGGAGCUGCGAAUGAAGAAAUCUGUGUUUCUUGGGGGCUGCAAAUCAAAAAAUAAGCUUUAUUUGGGGGCUGCAAAUGUAAAAAGUUGAUUUUUCCAAGCAGAAAAAGAUGUUCUUAAAUUGAAGAUUCGAUAUUACAUUAUUUCAAGUAUUGUCUUUAGAUAAAGUUCUAAAUAAGGUAAUUCUUUGAAAACUAAAGAUUCAAAUAAGUCUUUUUCAAAUUUUGAAAAAGGCUUGCCAAUUUCACUUUUUCAAAUGUUUCAGUUCCGUUGCUGAGCGCCCAAAUCGGCCUCGAUUUCUUUUCCAAAAACAACGGCGGCAGUCUUUUGGCGGCUGGAUCAGUGGAGGUAAUUUUAAAAAUCAUUCAUCAUUUUUUAAAACUUCAAAAAAGGUUUUUUGCAUUUAGAAUGAGUUCAAACUUAAAAGUUUCGAAAUUUCCCUCAAAAGUCGCUUCAAGUCGGGCGCAUUUUGUCAGAUAGUUUAGCCAUUUCCCAAUGCGGCUCUUGAUAAUCAUUUUCCAAGUUUAUUCUGCUUUUUUCAGCUGCCACUGAAGACUCGGCGAUCUGGGAACAGUGGAAACUGAUUCUCGACGUUUUCCGAGUCGACAGCAAUGGUUGGUCCUUUUUGUGUGUAGUUUGAUCAGAAAUAAUCGAUUUUGCAGAUGAAUUGCGACGAAUGAGGCAUACGGUAGCCGACUCGCUGGGCGAUCUGGUCCUCAGCAUUUGCACGAAGAUAAAUCAGCCGCUCUAUAUACCCAAGGUUUGAAGUUCAAAAAGGCUUUGGUUUAAAGGCGCAUAGGCAAAUUUUAUGAAGGUCUCGAAGCGAAGAGCCGUUUUGAGUGAUUUUUGAAGAUCGAAAAAUUGUCUUUUUCCAGAUGCCAUCGAAAAGCCUGGUGAACGACGUUUUCGAGACCCGUUUCUCGGAUUGUCAACCAUUUUUGUUCCAGAUCAAGCGGCAAGCCGUUCCGAGUGAGUUUUUUAAAAUUCUGAAUUUUAAAAAUUUGGCUCAUUUUUUUGUGUGCUUAUGUGUUCAAUACAGAACUGACUUGAUCCUUCAAUUUUUUAAAAACACUGAAGUGACCCCUUAAAGCUUCAAUGUCAAACCCCUAAACCCUUAAGAGACAACUUGAAAUAAUUAUUUCUACUUUCAGCGCUCCCGCAAAAGCCGAGCUUCACGCAGGCUGCCUUCCAGCGAAUUUGGAAGGACGUUUUGUCCUAA